AUGUCUCAGUUUCGUCGAUUUUGCGGAGAUGAUGAGAUCGCGGCUCUUUUACAAGAGCUAAACGACGAAGGUGAUGCUUUUUAUAAUACUAACGAUGUUGAUCCAAUUGCUGACUUUAGUGAUGACAGUGAGGUGGAAGAUGAGGUAAUAUUACCAAACGAUCAUUCAAGUGAAAGCGAAUUAUCAGUAGAAGAAGAACAUAGCUCUUCACCUCAAUCUCGAGCUGCUAAAGUCUAUAACAGAUGUAUUGAACUAGACAAUGAAUUCAGAAGUAGGGAAUUCAAAACGACUACAAGAGGCGAAAUUUUGGCACUUAUAGGAAUAUUAUUCUAUAUGGCCACAUGCAAGACAAGUCGUGCGAACGCAAAAAGUUUUUGGAAAACAGACGGUACUGGUAUGGUAUUAUUUCGUGCAGCGUUCAGUUACAAUAGAUUUUUCUUUUUAUUGCAAUGUCUUCGGUUUGAUGAUUUGGAUACUCGGGUUGAAAGACAACAAUCUGAUAAACUUGCUGCAGUAAGAGAAAUGUAUACACUUUUCAAUGAUAAUAACAUGAAAAAUUAUUCCCCUUCAGAAUUCGUUACUAUAGAUGAAAUGUUGUACGCUUUUAGAGGGAGGUGUAGUUUCAUACAAUACAUGCCGGCCAAGCCUGCAAAAUAUGGACUUAAAUUGUAUGCAUUGUUUGAUGCGAAAACAUUUUACGUCUAUAAUUUUGAGAUAUAUUGUGGCAAACAAAAACCCGGACAGUUUCUCGUAUCCAACAAACUAUUUGACAUUGUUAUGCGACUUAUUGAACCUCUAAAGACCUCAAAACGAAAUUUGACAACCGAUAAUUAUUAUGGUAGUUAUCCCUUGGCACAAGAGUUACUCAAAAAGGGUAUAACCCUCGUCACCACUUUGAAAAAAAAUAAAACCGAUAUUCCACCAGGAUUUCUUCCAAAUCCAAAACGUAAAGUAAAAUCAUCACUAUUUGGAUAUCAAGAUGAGUGUACUUUGGUGUCUUACGUUCCUAAAAAAAACAAAGCUGUCAUUUUAUUAUCUACUAUGCAUGAUGGUCCUGGUGACAUAAACGAAGAAACCGGAAAGCCUGAAAUCAUCUAUGAUUACAAUAAAACAAAAAGUGGAGUAGACACAGUUGACCAAAAGUGCUCGGUAGCUUCAACAGCUCGGAAUACUAGAAGAUGGCCGCUUGCAUUGUUUUUCCGUUUCUUGGAUAUGGCUGGGGUAAAUUCUCAUAUUUUAUACGUUGCCAAUAAUAUAUCAAUGUACAAUUAUCGCAAAUUUCGAAGGUUGCCGUUUCUUCAAAGGCUCGCCACGAAUCUCUUAGAAGAACAUUUGAAAGAAAGGGCCAAAGUGAAGGGUCUUCCUAAAGAUGUACAGUACUUUCUCUCUAAAUACAAAAAUGAAGAUGUUUGCUCUGUUACUCAAGGAGAUAAUCUACCAAGAUCUGGAGCUUGUCAUGCAUGUGGAACAAGAAAAAACAACAAAACUACGGUUAGAUGUUCCCUUUGUACUCGUUUCGUUUGUAAGAAACAUUGUACGAAUAUAAUCAAGUGCCACUCAUGUCAAAAUUCUGAAAGUUCAGAAUCAAGUAUGGAAAAUUAA